AUUCCCGAUCCCUAAACUACCCUGCGCACGUAUAUAUACGGCUUUCUUCGCGGCAAACAGUGCGGAUUCUUCUCCUGCGUUAAACAUUCCUUCAACACCAAAAUUCUUCACCUUGAUUCACUGCUGUGAGGUAUGGUUCAUCCUUCUCGCCGAUUCUCCUUCUCAGGUUUCUUCUUCUUCUUUUUUCUUCUCAUGUUUCUUCUUCCUUCUUCUAUUUAAGAUGUUUUCUAUAUUUAAAUUCUGUGUGCAUCUUAUCACAAUUCAUAUAUUUUUUCAGUUUUGCUUCAUCUGUAUUUGUUCACAGCAUCGUUUGGUACAUAUACAAUUUCAAGUUCCUAGCAUGCUAUUCUGUGUGUGGUUAUUCAUACUGCGUAUUAGAUUAGUAUUUGUUCUUGCAUAUUUAAGUGUCUUUUUGUUCACUCUUAUCUGCAUCGGUUGGAGCCUUGAUUUAUAAUUAAGUUGCUUUAAUCUUGUCUUCAAAUAUGGAGUAUUUUUUAAAGUCCGCAGAUUUUAUUCUUUUGCACUUUAAAGCCUGCCACUAUGAUAAUCUUCAUAUGUAGUGCACACGUUUGUGGCUUUUAUGUUGUUUCAUUUUGUUUUCAAUAUUUGUUCAUUACCACCACACUUGCUUUGGUAGUUAUGUAGUAUUGUUUAGGAUAAAUCAAAAUACAAUCACUUAAACUAUAUAGCAUUCUUGUUGUCUAUUUAUGAUAAAUCAGAGAAGCUAUUUUGAUUUAUAUCUUUUAUGUAUACGUGUGUUUCAUCAUUUAUGUAUGAAUAUAUGAAAAGGUGUGUUAAGUAUCCAAUUUAUCUCAUGCCAAUCAGAUAAUUGAAUACAAUUGCUAAAGUUUUGCAAGUCUUUAUUUUACUGAGAACCUUAUAGUUUCAUUUUGGAUUUGAAACAACAUCUAUGUAUAUUGUUUAAUUAAUUGUGUAAAUAUAUAGGACUAAUUGAUGUAUGAGUGAUUAUGAUUAUUGCAAGAAAAAUGUUGACUCGGCUUUAAUGUGUGUCUAUAUCCUGUAGUUUAUAGUUGAAACCUAAAAUAAGUAAUGUUUGAUUACUUGGGUCAAGGUACAACUCUUAAAAGUCACGCUGGAUUGUUCAGAUGAAUGGUGGGGUAAAAAAAUUAAGGAAAAAUCAGAAGUUAAGAAGUUCAGGCAUAAAGGAGUUUUGCCGCAUAUUGAAGAGCAAUGGGAUCAAAUAUUUGGGGACUCAGUAGCCACUGGAGUAGAAUGCGUGGCUCCAACGGCUACAAUUUUGGAGAAUAGCAAUCAAGGAAAUCACGAAGACAAUGUCAACUUGGAGGAUAACAAUGAUACUUACGAGGUAUUUAACAGAUAUAAUGCUGAACCAGAUCUGGAUAACUUUUUUCAAGAUUUUAUGCAAGAGGCUAGUGGGAACAUGCCUUCUGCUCCUACAAUUACCACUGUUGAAGAUGCAGGGACCGUUGCCACUAGUAAGAAGCGUAAACUAAGACAGUCUAAGGGAUCAGUGAAACUAAGUGAAAAUUUAGAGAGGGGGAAUACAUGUCUUCAAGCAAUUGAGCAUCUCUUGACUAAAAAGGAGAAAGUUGCUGAUGAUUGUGUUAGUGUUGGUGAUGUCAUGGUAAUUAUGACCAGAAUGGCUGAGAAUGGUUGGCUGGUCAGGAAUGGUGACUUAUGGUUUCACAGCAUUUGUGUUCUUGACAGUCCUAGUCGAAGACAAUUCUUCAUGAAUUUUAAAGAUGACGAUGAAAGGCUCAACUGGUUGAAGUUUAUGCACGCAAAAGGAAUAUUUUAAGUACAUUUAGUAUGCUAUUUCGACAUACACAUUUAGAAUGUUAUGUCAUUAGCAACAUUUAGGAUACAAAUUCAUUUAUUUAGAAUGGAUGUUUGAUUUUUAGUUUUUAUAUGUUGAGAUUCAGGGGAUUUGUUUUUCUAAGAGUAGUAUCCUUAUAUUAUUAUUAUAUACAUUUAUUUAUUUAUUUAUUUAUUUAUUCAUUUAUAGGGAUAUAAUGAGCCAUGAUGACGA